CUUCUUCGUAGCAAUGACUUUGUGUAUUAUUUAAUAACAUUUAAGUUGUUCCUUGAGCGUUAAGCAACAAUGUGUGAUGGAAAUUGUACAUUUGAUGUGUUAGAUUUUUUCACCUAGAGGGAUCCAUUUUUCAGUGUUGACAACAUUAACAUUUACUCGUUCUUCAUAUCUUUGAUCCAUUUUGAAAUAAAUAAAUAAAAGUUUCAACAUCGUUUCUGUUAAAGCCUAAAUGUAAGAGUUAUUUUUUCCGACCUGAAUGCUUUGAUCAUUAUCACUUGUUGAAUCGUUCUUGAGGUAAUAUCUUGUAAUCAAGAUCCUUGACACAGACUUUUAGAGUUCGCAUGGAAUCAUCUCUCAAAGGUUCACAAGCUUCUUCGCUCUAAUGGUGGUCUCUCUCGUGUACAUUUCGUAGCAAGGAGAGUGCACACCAUAGCAGUAAAAGAGCUUUAACACUUGGAAGAAUAAAAGACACGUAACUUGUCCGUUAUAUGGGUCAAACGUUGCGUAAUUGAUUGGGUAAAAGGUUAGACUUCUUCGUGGCAUUGACUUUGUGUAUUAUUUAAUAAGGUUUAAGUUGAUCCAAAAUAAACUAAUGCAUUGUCUUGGAAAACAAGUGCGGUUCAGUAUAUUGUUAAAUAGAUGCUUGAGAAUAGUCUCACAAUUUCUCUAAAGAAUAGCUUACUUGGUCUUAUUGACAUGUUUGCUUCAUGAACUAAUCUGAAGGAGAUCGUUCUUGGAGACGCAAGAACGCACAUGGGGAUGACGUGGUUUGCUUUCUUUCUUUUGUUCACCAUGAUAUUGAGUUAUAGUCAUGGAGAAAUAACUACACAGAGUCCUUUGUCAAUAGGACAAACUCUCAGUUCCUCUAAUGGAGUUUAUGAACUGGGGUUCUUUAGUCUUAACAACUCCCAGAAUCAGUAUGUCGGAAUCUGGUUCAAAGGUAUUACUCCCCGGGUGGUUGUGUGGGUGGCCAAUAGAGAAAAGCCUGUUACAGACUCCAAGGCAAAUCUAAGUAUCAGCAGCAAUGGAACUCUUCUCUUAUUGGAUAGAAACCAUGGCCCUGUCUGGUCUAGUGGAGGAACUUUCGCAUCUAAUAGUUCUCGUGCAGAGCUUUCAGACAUUGGAAAUCUUAUUGUCAUAGACAACGUUUCCGGACGAACACUAUGGCAAAUCUAAGUAUCAGCAGCAAUGGAACUCUUCUCUUAUUGGAUAGAAACCAUGGCCCUGUCUGGUCUAGUGGAGGAACUUUCGCAUCUAAUAGUUCUCGUGCAGAGCUUUCAGACAGUGGAAAUCUUAUUGUCAUAGACAACGUUUCCGGACGAACACUAUGGGAAAGCUUUGAGCAUCUUAGUGAUACUAUGCUCCCUUUCUCACCCUUGACGUGUAAUCUCACGACCGGUGAGAAGCGGGUGUUGACUUCUUGGAAAAGUUACACUGAUCCAUCGCCUGGUGAUUUUGUGACUCAGAUUACACCGCAAGUUCCAUCACAGGUGCUUACCACGAGAGGCUCAAAGCCUUAUUAUCGAAGCGGUCCAUGGGCUAAAAUAAGGUUCACGGGGAUACCACUAAUGAAUGAAACGUUAGCAAGUGAAUUCAGCUAUCCACAGGAUGCAAACGGGUCAGGGUCUUUCUCUUUUGUAGGAAGAGACUCCAAACUUUCACGUCUAGUUCUAACACCAGAGGGCCAUCUUAAAAGGUUUCAACAUAGUGGGACCAAGUGGGAAGUAACCUAUGAGGGUCCAUUAGCCAAUUCAUGCGAUGUUUACGGUUUAUGUGGACCUUUUGGGUUGUGUGUUAGGUCCGUACCUCCAAAGUGUAAAUGCUUCAAAGGGUUUGUUCCAAAAUAUAAAGAGGAGUGGGAAAGAGGAAACCGGACUGAUGGUUGUGUAAGGCGAACCGAACUACUUUGUUAUGGAAACUCUACUGGCAAAUCUCAAAAUGUCUUCCAUCCUGUUGCCAACAUAAAGCCUCCAGACUCUUACAAAUUUGCAGAUUUGGAUGCUGAAGAAUGCUACCAAAGUUGCCUCCGAAACUGUUCUUGCUUGGCCUUUGCUUUUAUUCGGGAAAUUGGGUGCUUAAUGUGGAAUCAUGAGUUAAUGGACACAGUGCAGUUUUCUUCAGGAGGAGAGCUUCUUUCCAUUCGUCUUGCACGUUCUGAGUUGGAUGGAAAUAAGCGCAAGAAGACCAUCACUGCUAGUCUUGUCAGCCUUUUUCUUUUUGUGAUAUUGGGUUCUGCUGUGUUUUGUGUUUGGAGAUACAGAGUGAAACAUAAUGAAAAAAUAUCAAACGAUGCUUCACAAGAUGCAUGGAGCAAUGAUCUGACACCACAAGAUUUCUCAAGUUUAUGUUUCUUUGAAAUGAAUAUUAUUCAAACUGCCACCAAUAAUUUUAGCCUCUCAAAUAAACUUGGGCAUGGUGGAUUUGGUUCAGUUUAUAAGGUAAUAUAUUUAAAUCUGUUUCAGGGGAAGCUUCAAGAUGGCAAAGAAAUUGCUGUAAAACGGCUUUCUAGCAGCUCUAGACAGGGAAAAGAGGAAUUCAUGAAUGAGAUAAUUGGUCUGCUCUGUGUUCAACACCAACCUGUGGACAGACCCAACACACUUGAGUUGAUGUCUAUGCUCACCACAAAAUCAGAUCUUCCAUCACCAGAGAAACCUAUAUUUGUAGUGCAUAAGAGGGAUUAUGAAUCCUUGUCUAAUCCUUUGAUUACCUUCAAUGAGAUGACACAGUCUGUGAUCAUCGGGCGUUAAGAAACAAUGUGUAAUGGAA